CCGCAUAAACACUAUUUUUAUCCGAACAUGACUCCGACGUCAUCGGCCACAAAGCAAAUACAUCCCCAUCACAUCAUGGCGUCGAAAGCUGCUUCCACUGCCGCCGACAAGAAGUCAGACGACCGGAUCCACAUCCAGUACGAUAAAACUGCGUUCGGGCCGCACUUGAAGCUGUACCAACAAGGAUUGUCCGAGCAGUACCCACAAUUCACGGUCACGGCGGAAGAAUACGCCAUGUCGCCGCUCAGCUACCGUCUCUCCACGGCCAUCUUCGUGAUUCAAAUCCUCAUGACGCUCAUCUUCAUCUUUGGCAGCAUGGCAGUGAAACACUUUCAAAUUGAAGUGCACCCCGACAACAUGAAGUACUUUGAAGACCACAAGUUCAUGAUCGUGCCGUUCAUGCUCGUGUUGUCCCCUGUGCGGCAAUUGGUCUCCAAGACGAGCGCGUUCGAAGUCUACCUCAAUGGUACAUAUCCGUCUCACGAUGUGGUGAUCUCACAUGGCAAUCGUUCGUUCGUUCUUGUAGAUGAGUUGGUCUCGUCCACGUUGACCUCUCGCUUCAUGCCGAACUACGAGGCGUUCAAGCAAGUCCUGGACAAGAAGGGCAUCAAGAAGACGACCAAGGCCAACUAAUCCCGAUAGCUUCUGCAGUAUCGAGGACGUGCCUUGAGCGCUGCAUAAUGCCAUAAGUAGACAUUUCCCACCCUUGCAUGUUCGUUCUAAAAUCGUAAGGUAGAAUGACCGUAUUCAGGA